CGUGUCAUGGGUAGAUGUGUGCUGUUCCUAUUAUUUGACCACCAUUAGUGUUCAGUUGUUAGACAUGAGAAGUUCCCGUGUAGUGCUGGAAACUUUUCUUUACUUAAGUGAGUUUGAGAACUUGACAGAAACUUUUUGAUCAUCGAAACAAAAUAAUGGAGCCCAUAACAAAGUGGACACCGACUCAGGUUGUGGACUGGAUCAGAGGUCUGGAUGACAGUCUACAGCAAUAUGUUCUGAACUUUGAGAGAGAGAAGAUAGAUGGAGAGCAGCUUCUAAAGUUCAGCCAUCAGGAUCUGGAGGAACUGGCAGUGACCCGCGUCGGCCAUCAGGAGCUCAUUCUGGAGGCUGUGGAUCUCCUCUGUGCAUUGAACUGUGGUGUGGAGACUGAUAACUUGAAAACUCUGGUCGGUCAGACACGAGCAGCAACCAGCAACCUGCACAACUGUGCAUCAGAGCGCAGGAAAAACCCUUCUUAUGAUGGAGGCAGUCCAGACAAACCACCUAACCUGUUCCUAACAGCUGUUGUGGAGCUGAUAGGAACUGCCAAGGGCAUGCUUGCUUGGCUUGACAGGACUCCCCUCUCUGGAGUCAGUGAUUUCACUUCAACCAAGAACAGAAUCAUUCAGCUCUGUCUGGAACUGACCACAACUGUACAGAAGGAUUGCACACUGUUUGAAAUGGAGGAGAAGAUAUUAGAAGUGUCACGGGUGUUGACUGGCAUUUGUGAUGCUACCAUGAGGAUGACCUCUGACCCCUUGAAGAGUCACAUGACCUGUUUGGAGAAAGUCCACAUUAGCAAUAUUAAUCCGGAUGAGGGACUGGGAAUGUACAUCAAAUCUACUUACGAUGGGCUACACGUCAUUACCGGGACCACAGAAAAUUCUCCAGCAGACAGAACUCAGCAGAUCCAUGCAGGCGAUGAGGUGAUACAAGUAAACAGACAAACAGUGGUGGGCUGGCAGUUGAAGAAUCUGGUGUUAAAGCUCAGAGAAGAUCCUGAGAAGGUGACACUGAUAGUGAAGAAGAGACCUUCCGGUACCUGCGGCUUUACUCCUGCACCCCUAAAGAACAUGCGCUGGAGACCGCCUGUCAUCCAGAGCCCAUUGAAUGUGCCUGCUGCCCAGUCAUCUAGAAAUCCUGCACCGAUCUCAACCAGGUGGCCGGAGAAACCUGCUAUUUUAGAUCUGUAUAUUCCUCCUCCCCCCUCUAUGCCAUACAGCCCACGAGAUGAAGAGACGAGUGAAUGUACAGGUGUAAAGAUCAGACCAAAAGGGUCAGAGUCGCCAAACUCAUCUAUGGACUUAGCUAGCAGGCGGCGUUCCAACAUCGCUGACUACAACAGCAAACCCAGUGUGAGCCCACCAGAAAUUGUUGUCCCACAGGCGCGACUGAGACAGCGCACCCCCUCUAGAGGAAAGCCCCGUCCCAUGUCCAUGCCGGUAGACACUUGCCUAGGCGUGUCGGACUCCCCCUCCAGACCCUGGGCUCUUGGAAGGAAAGGUGAUGAGGUGUUGCACAGGUAUCUGAGUAAUGAACAGAUCCCCACCAUCUCUGAAGAGUCGCCAUGUUUCCCACUGCCCUACCGCCCCAUGGGUGAAAGGCAGCUUGUCCGAGGGGUCGACCAUAUCCGUGGCAGCCAGUGUUUCAUCAAUGCAGACCUUCACAACAGCGCCACCAUCCCUUACCAAGAAGGGGUUGCUCAGAAGACCUCUGCACUUAAAUCCUCUAAGAGACCACCGUCAGAACCCUCACUGCUUAGCAGCUGGAUUGCCCGACUCAAGCUGCUCACACAUUGACUUUGUUUUCAUGUCGCUGCUGUCUGCUGCGCCUGCACUCAACUAUUACAAGGCAGUCUGCCAUCCGUGUGCAGUAUUAUCAAUGAACAAUUAAGAGCAUUCCAUGGGAUCACUCAGGAAUGUUCCAUAGGAUCCUCAAAAACUUGAUCCAGAGAAAUCUGUUGAAAUUCUGUUUUGCAUACAUCCUCAGGAUAAUGUCUGUUACUUCAGUUAAAGUUUUGUCAGCAUGAAAGACACUACUGAGAACACUCUCUCUGUGAAAGAUAAAUCAGGUCUUUUAAAGGAUUUUCACUUGCCUCUGUAAGUGGCUCACAUUAUUAUUUAAUUUGUAAAAAUAUUGUAAAUUCUAAAUACUGGUCCAACUUAAUUUCUACUUGCUAAAAUGUUUUGAUAUGCUUUUGUGAGUUAAAACUAUUUCAUCUCUGAAAUUAGGAAAAAACUACAGUUGAAGUCAGAAGUUUACUUUAUUUUAUGAAUGUGAAAUAUCAGGAUAAUAGUAGAGAGAAUUAUUUAUUUCAGCUUUUAUUUCUUUCAUCACAUUCCCAGUAGGUCAGAAUUUUACAUACACUUUGUUAGUAUUUGGUAGUAUUGCCUUUAAAUUGUUUAAUUUAGUUCAAACCUUUUGGGUAGCCUUCCACAAGCUUCUCACAAUAAGUUGCUGGAAUUUUGGCCCAUUUCUCCAGACAGUGCUGGUGUAACUGAGACAGGUGUAUAGGCCUCCUUGUUCUCACAGACGUUUUUAGUUCUGCCCACAAAAUGUUCUUUUGGAUUGAGUUCAGGGCUUUGUGAUGGCCACUCCAUUACCUUGACUUUGUUGUCCUUAAGCCAUUUUGCCACAACUUUGGAGGUAUGCAUUUUCAUUUGCAACCAAGCUUUAAUUUCCUGGCUGAUGUCUUCAAUAUAUCGACAUCAUUUUCCUUCCUCGUGAUGCCAUCUAUUUUGUGAAGUGCACCAGUCCCUCCUGCAGCAAAGCACCCUCACAACAUGAUACUGCCACCCCCAUGCUUCACGGUUGGGAUGGUGUACUCCUGUUAGCAAGUCUCACCCUUUUUCCUCCAAAUACAACGAUGGUCAUUAUGGCCAAACAGUUAAAUAUUUGUUCCAUCAGACCAGAGGCCAUUUCUUCAAAAAGUAAGAUCUUUUAUUAGAAUUAUUUCGUUUUUAAAUAUGUUAUAUGAAUCAAUAAAAAACUUUUAAUAACAAAAAGAUCUUUCUCCCCAUGUACACUUGCAAACUGUAGUCUGCAAUUUUUUAUGGCGAUUUUGGAGCAGUGGCUUCUUCCUUGCUGAGCAGCCUUUCAGGUUAUGUCGAUAUAGGACUUGUUUUACUGUGGAUAUAGAUACUUGUCUAGCUGUUUCCUCCAGCAUCUUUACAAGGUGCUUUGCUGUUGUUCUGGGAUUGAUUUGCACUUUUUGCACCAAACUACGUUCAUCUCUAGGAGACAGAAUGCAUCUCCUUCCUGAGCAGUAUGAUGGCUGCAUGGUCCAUGGUGUUUAUACUUGAAUACUAUUGUUUGUGCAGAUGAACGUGGCAUAAUUUUUUAUUCUGAGGUCUUGGCUCAUUUCUUUUGAUAUUCCCAUAAUGUCAAGCAAAGAGGCACUGAGUUUAAAGGUAGGCCUUAAAAUAACAUCCACAGGUACACCUCCAGUUGAUCAGAAACGAAUUGGCUUAUUGCCUAAAAUCUUGAUAACAUUUUAUGGAAUUCCAAGCUGCUUAAAGGCACAGUUAAACUUCUAGCCCACUGUAAUUGUGAUAUAGUCAAUUAAAAGUGAAACUAUUUGCCUGUAAACAAUUGUUGGAAAAAUUACUUGUGUCAUGCACAAAGUAGAUGUCCUAAACGACUUGCCAAAACUAUAGUGUGACAAGGAGGAGGGUGGGGCCAGGCCAUGACUACGCACACCCGUCCCCCAAUUAGGCUAAACAGUCGAAGAGAGGGAUAAGAAAGCAACAGUUCGGGAGAGAGAGAGAGCCACAUGCAGCUGCCAUGUGUGUGUUUUUGUUAUGUGUCUUUUUAAAUAUUAUUUUGACUGUUCAGCUGGUUCCCGCCACCUCCUUUCCCAUCCUUAACCUUGUUACAUAUUGUUUGCUAAUAUGAAUUCUGUGGAGGGGUUAAAAUAUUGGUUUGAAUGACUUCAACCUAAGUGUAUGUAAACUUCUGACUUCAACUGUAAGAAAGGACAGGUCAAAAAGACCUGAAAUAAGUUUGUAUUUUUAUUAUUAAUGGAGUGUGCCUUAUAAAAUAGGUGUGCACAUUGAUUUAUAGGGCAAGAAAGGUCUUGUAAAAUUUGAAAUGUAUGAUUAUUGCAUAUUUGCCAUAUCAUAGAGUCAUAGUGUGAAGUGACUGCUUUGAAAAGAUUGUAUGGCCUUCAACUGCUAUAGUACCACAAUAAUAAAGAGUCUGAAAUAUGUCUGAUUUUACUAAUAUUUCAGUGUGUCAAUUACAGUUUUGUUAUAGAUCAUAUAUAAAUUAUCUUGUUGUGUUUUUAGUUAUGAUUUUAUAUACAUAUACACACUGGUGGCCAAUAGUUUGGAAUAAUGUAAAAAUUUUGCUCUUAUGGAAAGAAAUUGGAACUUAUUCACCAAAGUGGCAUUCAGCUGAUCACAAUGUAUAGUCAGGACAUUAAUAAUGUGAAAAACUACUCUUACAAUUUGAAAAAAAAAAAAAUCAGAACUUCUUAAACUACUACAAAGAGUUUUCAUCAAAAAAUCCUCCACAUGCAGCAAUGACAGCUUUGCAGAUCCUUGGGAUUCUAGCUGUCAGUUUGUCCAGAUACUCAGGUGACAUUUCACACCACGCUUCCUGUAGCACUUGCCAUAGAUGUCUUAUUGGGCACUUCUCACGUACCUUACAGUCUAGCUGAUCCCAUAAAAGCUCAAUGGGGUUAAGAUCCAUAACACACUUUUUCCAAUUAUCUGUUUCUUUGCCCACUCUAAGCUUUUCUUUUUCUGUUUCAAAAGUGUUUUUUUUUUUUUUGCAAUACUUCCCAUAAGGCCUGCACUCCUGAGUCUUCUCUUCACUGUUGUACAUGACACUGGUGUUUAGUGGGUCAAAUUCAAUGAAGAUGUAAUCUGAGGACAUGUGAGGUGUCUAUUUCUCAAACACUGGUGUUCUUAUCCUCUUGUUUAGUUGUAUCUGGGCCUUCCACAUCUCUUUCUGUCCUUGUUAGAGACAGUUAUCCUUUGUCUUUGAAGACUGUAGUGUCCACCUUUGUAUGAAAUCUUCAUUUUGUUUGUUUUUUGGCAAUUUUAAGCAUUGUAUAGUCUUCAUUCCUCAAAAACAUUAUUGACUGAUGAGUUUCUAAAGAAAGCUGUUUCUUUUUUUUUUUGUUGCCAUUUUUGACCUUAAGACGUGCAUACAAUUGCAUACUGUAGCAACUCAAAAACAAACACAAUGUUAAGCUUAAUUUAACAAACCAAAUAGCUUUCAGCUGUGUUUGAUAUAAUGGCAAGUGAUUUUCUAGUACCAAAUUAGCAUGAUUACUCAAGAAUAAGGUGGAUUGAUGGUCGGUCUAGACUUGAUCAAAAAUGAUUGAUGGUGCUGUUUUUUACAUCAGUAAUGUCAUGACAAUACUUUGUGAUCAGUUGAAUGCCGCUUUGGUGAAUAAAGUACAAAUUUCUUUUCAUAAGAGCAAAAUCUGUACAUUAUUACAAACUUUUGGCUGAGUGUGUGUGUAUAUAUAUAUAUAUAUUUAAAAUGUCAACAGUAUCAGAUGAUCUGAAAAUCUAUGUAAACAAAUGGUCAUAAACAAGUAGCAUUCUGAGUAUUGAAACCAGCUACUGUUAUACUAGAACAAGUUAUUGUUUUGAGUAAGAUACUCUGGGAUGCAACUUUGUGAUGCAUGUUUAUGUUG